CACCAGUGCCCUUGAACAUUCCAAUUUUUCUGCUAGGACUGCUUGGAAGAUUGAAUCUUUCGGAAUGGAUGCGUCAAAGGUGCAGGAGAAAGUGAAUGGAAAGACACAAGCGACUUUCCCCACUAUGGUUGACAUAAAAAAAGUCAUCCCGAAACAUUGCUUCGAGCCAGAAGUGUCGACGUCCAUGUAUUACGUUUUUCGGGAUUUGGCCGCUGUUGCCUCUCUUCACCUGACUUUCGAGUGGAUGCGCGUUUCCCUGCCAUGGUACAUUGUGUAUGCUGUCGCUCCCGUUUAUGCGUUUCUCAAGGGUACGUUCUUCGUCGCUCUGUUCAUCAUAGGGCACGACUGUUCCCACGGAUCUUUCUCCAGGCACAAGCUUCUCAACGACGUAGUUGGCGGUGUGUUACACACUGCUCUCCUAAUGCCUUACAGCUGUUGGAAGUACUCACAUCGGGUCCACCACAAAAACACUUGCAACAUAGACAAAGACGAAUUGUUUUUCCCGCUUAGAAAAAGGGAAAUUCUUUGGCAACCAGAAAACAGUCUACUUUGGACUGCAUACUUGGCCGUGGACUCCGGGCCAAGAUCUGUUCGUUCAUAUGACGAUCUUAUCCAUACCUAUGUAGAUGGAGGACGCCGGAUUGAAAGCGUUGUAUCAUUAAUGUUGGAUGCUCUCUGGGCCGCCAUUUUGUAUCAGUACGCGGUGCACUACGGUUGGGAUUCUUUACUACUCCACUUCGUCCUUCCGCUCAUAGCACACCUCCUGUGGGGUUUAGUCAUCACAUUCCUUCAGCACGCAGACGAUGAUAUCCCCUGGGUAUCUCACGAAAAAUGGAAUUACGUGCAAGGACAGUUAUCAACAGUGGACCGGCACUAUGGCUGGUUUCACGGAAUAAUUCACAACGUGGGCACGCACCAUCUCCAUCAUCUCUUUCCCAAAUUGCCCCACUAUCAUUUGGAGGAAGCUACUCUAGCAUUCAAAAAAAGCUAUCCACAUCUUCUACGAGUUAAUCCAGCUCCAAUUCUACCGUCAUUUUUUCGUUUAUUUUGGAAAUAUCUACGAACACGUGUUAUAGAAGAUGACGAGGAAGUGUAUUGGUACAGGUGA